ACUUCCAAACUGUCAACACAGUCCAACGCAGUACCAGUCACGACCGCUUGAUUCUGUCCUCAUAUUUAUGUUAUUUCAAAUUUAAAACAUUUUCUGACAGUGAUGUCUCGAAAGUCUAAAACUGAAGAAUAUUAUCGCUUCUUCACUGUGACAGAUCCACGCACACACGAGAAAGGACACACGGAAUAUAAAGUAACAGCAAGGUUUGUAUCAAAGACAAAGCCGGAGAAUGUUAAAGAGGUUGUGGUGUGGAAGAGGUACUCAGAGUUGAAGAAAUUACAUGGAGAGCUGGCGUACACUCACAGGAACCUGUUCAGGCGGCUAGAAGAGUUUCCCCCUUUUCCACGAGCGCAGGUGUUCGGGCGUUUUGAUGAGGCUGUGAUUGAAGAGCGGAGGAAAGCAGCCGAGGACAUGCUGCUCUUCUCUACAAACAUUCCUGCUCUGUACAACAGCCCUCAACUCAAAGAUUUCUUCAGGGGAGGAGAAGUGAGGAGACCACUGGAGACAGCUGCCAUUUCCACGUGUCUUCCUCCUCCUCUUAUUCCCCUGCCGGAGAGGAACGCUGAGCUGUUGGCUGAAGAGGAGACGGGGAGAGAUGCUCCUAUCCCGGCCCAGGAGCUGGAGUCCAACCCAAGACUGACAGAUCUAGCCCAGCCAGAGGUAGCAGUCGAGGCCUUUUCCGUCGACAGGGAAAGCAGCCCCACACCAGAAACACAAGCAGAAACGCAAAUACAGGAACUGACAGAAAAAGAGAGCGACACUGACAUCACAACACAUGAGAGUAACGGCACAGACACAGCUACGGACGCUACAACACAUGCCUCGCUUGAAAAUGAAAUUCCAGGUUCUCCAGUCGACCAAUUAGAGGAGUUUGAUUCGCUGUUUGAUUCUGGAUUGGAGGAACAUUUAGAAAAGGCUCCGCCUCCGCUUUCAGAUACAGACCUCGCUAUUUUUGACCCAUGUGCCAAAGAAGAUCAACCAUACGGAUCACCCAGCCAUGCUCAACUCCUGUCUGUCCCUCUAACGGGUCCAAACGGGACGGAGUCCGGUGGAGAUGUGAACUACGUGCACCAGGCCAAUGAAGAGCUGAAUGCCGCCCAGGAACGAGAGAGAGAGGGUGAUUACAGUGGAGCGGUGAAACGAUACAGGAUGGCCGUCGAUAUAUUUAUGAAAGGAGUGCAAGGAGAUGUAGAUUUGAAGAGGAGAGAAGCAGUGAAGAGGAAGAUUGCUGAAGUCCUAGAGCUUGCGGAGAGACUUCUAUCUAUACAGACUCCCACUCACGACCACAAUACAUAGAGAAACAAUUUAAACACACACACACACACACACACUAACUCAAGCUUCAUCAAACCUGGGAUACCCAAGCUCACUCCCACAUGUGUACCCUCGUGAACCGAGUUUUGACUAACACGCGCACACGUUGAAACAAUUCCACCACGGUUUCACUUAAGUGCAACUCGCCGACCACCCACACGGUCAACACACACACACACACACACACUUGACUCCCACACUCAAAUAGUUACACUUGUAGCCCCAUCCAAACAGAUGUGUCCAAUGGAUGCACUACACUCUCUGCAUUGUAAGACCAAGCAAUUUCUGCUUGAUUUGACACUAUUUUAACGUAAUCAUCUAAUACUGUCUGAUCCUAGGGAACGUCUUUAGAG